UCUGGUCUGGGGGUGUGCGGGUGAUUGCUCUGGUCUGGGGGUGUGCGGGUGAUUGCUCUGGUCUGGGGGUGUGCGGGUGAUUGCUCUGGUCUGGGGGUGUGUGGGUGAUUGCUCUGGUCUGGCGGUGGUCUCGCGAUGGUUGAGGUGAGCAAUUACAAACUCCCUUCUUAUCAUCCGGAACACCCAGGCGAAGUAAUGAAAAGGUCGAGGAACUCUCAAAAUUGUCCACACAUUGUCAUCAGUGAUGAAAAGUGGCCAAAAUUCCACAUAGAGCAAAUGCGGAGGAUGUUUUUCCCAAGUUUUCCAGGAUGGUAGUAGCUGUCAUGAAUUGUAACAGACAAUACCUGUGACUGAAUGAAAAAGGCUUUCAUAAGCUUCUGGCUUUUACAAUGAGCAGUGAAGGAGUGUAUGAGUUAAAGGACUUUGAAGGAAGUAGAGAUAUUUGAAAACUGCUGUACUGUAGAGUCCCUCUUUGUGAAAGGUUCACUCUUAGGACUUGGAGCAUUGCCAGUUGUUGCAGUAGUGGAGGCCACAUGCAGGUGCUGCUGUGUUCAGACCAGGUCCUGAUGAGGUAUCAAGGCCACCAGUUUCCUCAGUUUGUUCAGGAAUCUGAACCAAAAUGCUUUCUCUUGCUCUGAGGUUCUGCUCAGAAAGUGCUUUCAGCUACCAAAUCUGCCAAAUGCGGACAUUAUCAGCGACCGAUGCUGUGAAUGCAUUGAGACCAUUUUACUUUGCUGUGCACCCAGAUUUCUUUGGACAACACCCAAGAGAGAGGGAAGUGAAUGAGAAUUCCCUUAAACGGCUAAAUGGCUAUUUGGAGGGCCUGCAAAGACCUGGCUACAGGCCCCUCAAACCCACUCAUCUCACCUUUUACAUGAGAGAGACAGACAGUUGUACAAACCUCUCCCGGCAAUGCUUAAAUCUGUCAGGCUUUCGAACAGUCAGCUUCACACUACAAUCCAAGGACCUUCUCAGCACAAUUGUAAAUAUCCUGAAAUCCUGCCGCUUGUCCACUGAACAUAUGCAGGACCUACAAACUGCUGAGGGCUUACAACAACGACGACAACAACAACAACAGACCAGUGCUGCUCCAUUCUGCCGACCUCUUCACUGGAACAAAACCUUUUAUGCUUUUACUGGACACAAAGACCCAGAAGAGGAGCUGGAGGUUGCUCGGCAGAUAGAACCUAUACUUGGGUUGUGGUUGGACAAAAACAUAGCUACUGCCACCAAGAAGUUAAAUGAUAGUGUUCCACUUCGUGAUGAGCUUGAUUGUUUAAAAUCAACACUUUGUCAGCAGCUGGAGCUGUUGGAUGUCAGGUGGCACAGAAGUUGGGGAGUUUCUCAUCGUUGCAGCCAGUUGCACAGUUUAAGUCGUUUUGCCCAGCAGAACUCACACGCACUUCAGAAUAUGAAAGGAUGCACACUGAUCUUUACAGAUCACACAGGGAUGAAUGCUGCAGGGCAGGUGAUGCUGGGAACAGUAGAUGUCCAUUAUCAGUGGACCAAACUGUUGGAGAGGUUGCCAAGCUACUAUAAUCUUCACAGUCAAGUUUCCUUGUUAGAAGAAAGAAUAAGCUAUCUUCUGGGAGAUGUACAAUUAAUUUAUGAUGAAGAUCUCCAAUCAAUAUUGAUGCUAGAGGAUUAUUACACUAUGUUGAAGGGCUUUCAUCAGAGAGUGUCUGUCCAUAGACCUCUCUUUCAUCCACGAAGUCUAAAAGGACUACAGAUGAUUCUGGAUAAUGAUUGCUCUGCUCCAAAAUUACUUGAAAGUGGUCAGUUCAGCAUCCCGACUAAGUGCGACCCCAUUGUCCUCCAGUGGUUCAUUGUAACCCAUGCAGAGAAAGCCAGGAAGAACCUGAAAAGAAAGGAGGAACUAAAAGUGGAAGAGGAAAAGCUGAUCCGGGACUGCACGGUGAAGUUCGGUCUCUACAAAUUGUAUAAGGAGUCGGGUGUUUCCAGUGAACAGAUGGUGAAAUGCUGUCAAAGACUGUUUGAGGAACAUGUCACUGAACUGCAAGGAACGCACCUUUGCGUUUCCCACUUCUAUUCCGUGUUACAGGAUGGUGACCUCUGCAUUCCUUGGGACUGGAAGAAGUAAAAGGAAGAAAGAAAUAUGCAUUGGCUUUAUGUUUCUGGAUUGAGACUGCUAUUGAAUGACUAGUUAUAGUGAAGUGUGACCAUGUGAAGUGAAUUCUUGAAUGAAACUGGCUUUGUAUAAGGGGAAGUGUUCAUGAUAUCCAAGUGAGAAAAUUCCACUUACCAGCUCACCGGGGGCCAUCAUUUACAUUGAUGUAAGCUGAAAACAAACCUCAUCAGAAUAAGUGUCAGCAGCUCCUUAAUCCAUGGCGGGAGGGAGAGAGAAAUUCCACCGAGGUCUAGACUUACAUUAUUUUCUUAAUAUUUCAGAGGGUUAACAUGGCAGAGUUUUAAAUGUAGUUUUAAACUGUAGGCAGUGAGAACAUAGAAAACUGGCUAUAUUUUACAGCCACAUUUAACAAUUUGCCAAAUUCUGCCCCUGCUGAAAUGCUGAGAAAAUAGGGUAAAUCUAGACUAAGGUGGAAUUUUCUCCCACUCCCUUAAUCUGCACAUGGCUUGUUAUUUUCUUACCACUAAUCUUUUGUGUCUGACUCAAAAUUUACAGAAAAGGGAGAUUUUGUUAAUAGGAAUCUUUUCCAGUGGGCAAUAUUGACGUGUCUGUAUUGAUGAGUAAAAAGCUAAUUGAGGAGACUUAUAAAAUUGGGAAUUUCUUCAUUCUUCAUGCCCACAUUUUUAGAAAGUGUAAGAAAUACAGUAGUGACUUGUAUCAUUUACAACACAGAGCAGCAUUGUAUUGUGAAAAAACAUUAAUGGAAGUUUACCUAACCUUGAAAUGUUACAUGGCCAAAUCCAAUCUUUGCUGAAAACAUCAUCUGCCAAUAAUAAAGACUGUGAGUUGAUUUCA